GCUGCUCCGGUCCUCAGUAGCAAUGUGUCCCGUCACUAGUAAAGCAAGUUGUUCCCGAACAAGCAGUUAUUUGUAGUCCAAAAGGCACCUGGAUGUCUCAGUUGAAACUAUUCUUGUUAGCCAAGUGACAUUGGACAUUUCAACAUGGAGGCAAAAGCACUUUUGUGUGUGGAGCAUUCCGCCUCCAGGCUGCACGCUGUCCUAGAACCGCUCGUCCUGGUUCGGACUUGGUCCUGAGUCCCAUUUUGUUGGUGUUAUUGCUCGAACAUUUUGUGAGACUCCACAAUUCAUCCUCCACAUACCGGUCUGCUUUUACCUCCAUUCUUUGACCACUUAAAUCCCCUUUUGUAACUUACCGAUUCACAUGGUCCAGUCCUCCAUCGGUUAGGAGGAGCUUCUUCUAAUGGAGGCCCCACAUGCCUGUGAUGGGUCUACUAGGAUGGAUCAGCUUCUCUGAAUCUUGUCCUGUCAGGAGGACCUCGUCUCCGCCCGUGUUUUUAAGGACAUAGAAUGUGGAUUCUAUUGCUCCGUUUACAUGAAUAUCUGAACUUUGGUGGGAGUCAAAACAUAAUCUCUGCUUUCCCUGUGUGAUUUAAGACUUAUUCUGAAUAAGUUAGUUAUUUGAAUAAUUUGAAUAAUUCAAAUAACCACAGAAAGACCAACCUUGUUUUUCAAUGUGUGCAAAAGUCAAUUGGGAUCAGCGGCGUAAACAUGGAAGCAUGGAGUGUGCGAGCCGUCUUUGUUGAGUCUGCAAUGGUGGGAUUGUCUCAAAAGAGCAAAUACACCUUUUUGGAGAUACACAUUUUCUAUCCUGUUUGAUCUAUAUUGGUAAAUUUUAGUUUGUGUUCAUUUUUUUGUUGUAGCUGCUUGUCAACAAGGUUCCAGACCUUUUUUUCCUCACCCUGCUGAAAACGGUUUUAAUCCUCCGCAUUUAGAGUUAACCAUCAAUAAUUCUCCAUUUUUUUUCCUUCAUAGAAAUACACACUAGAAUAGAAAUAUUGUGAUUUUAUUAAUAGAAACAAAUCUUAAUUUCACUGAUGUGCACAUACGACUAGUGUUGAAGUUAAACAGGUCAACACUUUCUAUUUCUUUUCUAAUUGUCCUUUCUUUACGUUGCUGUGAAAAGAUCUCCUUCAAACAACUGGAAGAAAUAGUAAUGAACAAUGAUGAUUACUGAGAUCUCCUGUUUCUGACAAAAAUACAUCACAUCGUGAUGUAAUGUCAGGAGCCUUCAACUCUGGAGGCACCACCCAGUACUUGUAUUGAAUAACUAUAUAAAUAAAUAAAGAGGACUGUUGUUGAGCGGGUGAGAUGCUGACGGCGUGCUCGGGACUCCUCCCUCCUCCCGAACCAGGGAGCAAGGCAUCACUCAGCAGAUUUUCUACUGUGCGGGAGGUGCGACCGGUGGGGGGAGGAACCCUGCUCUUCUCCAGCCUCCUCCUCCUACGCCGACUGUCAUUUCCAACCUGCAAUCGCAUCCUCCAUUGGCUGAGGGGCGGGACCAGGGAGCCUGUUACUAUGGGCUGCAGCGAUUGGUCGACUCGGGCUCAGCUGCAGUGAGGAUGCAGGUUUUUUGAGUCUCGCUGUGCUGCAUUUUACCGGCUGCUGGUCGUGAAGCCAGCGAAGUAGCUUCAUCAUCCUCAACGUGAGCUACUUUAGGUGUGCAGCUCUUUGUUGAAUCGUGCCUCAGAGGUGUAUUUAGGAACUAUAUUGGAUUUUUGUUGUUUGUGUGUCUGAGCCUGGACGUCGAUCAACUGAGUCAUUUUACAUUUAUGAUGAGCGAAAAAGAAUCCAGCCCGAAGAGAAGACGGAGACACUGAGCUGAAGUGGAGCCAACAGAAACCUCUGAGUGUCCUUAAGUUUGCGUAGGGGACAAUCGAGUAGACUUGUCCCGUUCUGAGGUGGAUGAAGACUCCGUGUUAGUGACGGAGGCUCCUGAGAACCGCAGUGAGCUGCAAGCCGGCCUCCAGGGAAACACUGCAAACUCCCACAGUAUUCAUUGGGAUGGCACCAGCUCCUGACCAGAAAAUAUUGAAGGCAGGAGACAAAGACCUGGACGGACAGUUGGACUUUGAGGAGUUUGUUCAUUAUCUCAGGGACCACGAGAAGAAACUGCGGCUGGUCUUCAAGAGCCUGGACAAGAAGAACGAUGGCUGGAUCGACUCACAAGAAAUCGUGCAGUCUCUGCGUGACCUGGGGGUCAACAUCUCUGAGGAGCAGGCCGAGAAGAUCCUCAAGAGAAUAAGGGGCCCAGAUAUGACCCCUCCUAUCUUGUAUAUGGAUAAGAACGGGACGAUGACGAUCGACUGGAAUGAGUGGCGGGAUUACCACCUCCUGCAUCCAGCAGGCAACAUUCCUGAGAUCAUCCUCCACUGGAAACACUCCACGAUCUUUGACGUUGGGGAGAGUUUGUUGGUGCCUGAUGAAUUCACGGCAGAGGAGAAGAAAACGGGGAUGUGGUGGCGACACCUGGUGGCAGGAGGAGGAGCUGGUUGUGUGUCUCGGACUUGCACUGCACCACUGGACCGGCUCAAGGUCCUCAUGCAGGUUCACUCCUCAAAGAGCAACAGCAUGCACAUCACUGGAGGCUUUGUCCAGAUGAUCCGAGAAGGCGGAGUGAGGUCACUGUGGCGAGGCAACGGCAUCAAUGUCAUCAAAAUUGCCCCAGAGUCUGCUAUUAAGUUCAUGGCCUAUGAACAGAUGAAGCGAUUAAUUGGCAGUAACCAGGAGACGCUGGGCAUUGCGGAGAGACUGGUGGCAGGCUCUCUGGCUGGAGUGACCUCUCAGAGCAGCAUCUACCCCAUGGAGGUCCUGAAGACGCGGUUAGCUCUGAGGAAGACGGGCCAGUUCUCCGGCAUCUUGGAUUGUGCCAAACAUAUCUAUCAGAAGGAGGGAGUGGCUGCUUUCUACAAGGGCUACGUCCCCAACAUGCUGGGCAUCAUCCCCUACGCCGGCAUCGACCUGGCGGUCUAUGAGACCCUGAAGAAUUACUGGCUGCAGCGCUUCGCCACAGACAGCGCUGAUCCGGGCGUGUUUGUGUUGCUGGCUUGUUGCACCACCUCCAGCACGUGUGGCCAGCUAGCCAGCUACCCGCUGGCCCUGGUCAGGACCCGCAUGCAGGCCCAAGCUACCUUGGAGGGGGGCCCUCAAAUGAGCAUGACGGCUCUGUUCAGACACAUCAUCAGGACUGAGGGACCCAAGGGACUCUACCGAGGCUUGGCGCCCAACUUCAUGAAGGUCCUUCCAUCUGUCAGCAUCAGCUAUGUGGUGUACGAGUACCUCAAGAUCCGGCUGGGGGUCCAGUCAAAGUGAGGAGGGACAUCACGGGGGCUGAGAAUUCAUUUUGCUUUUCUUUUGAGGCGAAGGUUUAAUGUGUGUCGGCUUCUAAGAAACAAACAACAUAUUGAUAUAGAAUAUAUUGAAAUCGAUUAUGAUAUUCUAGUGUUUCAAAGGAUGAAUGUGAAAGAAGAGGAAUCCGAACUUAAAAGAUAAGAUCGAGGAAAGCUUAACUGUUUUAAGCAAUCCAGAUUUAUGACGAACCGAUUGAUAUUCAACCCUCUGUCUAGAUAGAUAUUCCUCUAUCGGUUGAUAGAUAGACAUCCAUAUAUAUAUAAUGCAUAUAUAUAAUUGAUUGAUUGAAGUAGUGUAGUUGAGGACGGUGUGGCAGGAGCAGUGCUGCAGGUCUCGUCGUCGUCUUAAAGGGCUUUGCUAUGGCAGAUCACAAACUCUGAAAAUAAAACCUGCUCCCUCUCUACUUAAUUGAGCUCAUAAAUUAAGUAGGUUGAACUAAUUAAUUUCUAAAAUACUUUACAUCAAAUUUGAUUUGACAAGAUAAUGGAACUUUUAAUGUUCCUUUUGAUCCUCAAGAUUCACCGCUUCCUCGGUCGCUCCAAAGACGUCGCGCUGUAUUCAGUCAGCGACGUGUGAGCACGAAGAGCUUUUGAUGUGAUCAAAACGAUCGAGUCAGUGUUUGUUUGGGUAAAAAGGUAAAACUGUCAAGUGUCUCAGAAGCCUCUCUGGGAGUCUUUUCACAUGUUUAACUUGGACAUCAGGAAAAUAGUAUGAUUAGCUGGAUCACUAAGGGGUUUUUCACUUGUGUGUUGGCUACAUUCUCAAUGAUGUAAUUAAAUAGACCUUUAAGUCCUAUUGGAGGACUGGUGUCUGUGUCACAUGAAGCGGAGUCCUAUGAGUGCCUUAUGUGCCUCUCUUACGUAAAUGCACUAAAUCACUACAAAGGUGGGGUCUGUGAAAUGGUGAAUGCACUUUAAGGUACUCUGCUUUAAUUCAUGUUUUAUUGUUAUUUAUGUAUUUAUUUUAACAGAAAAAGGAGUUUGUGAUCUAUUAGUAGUGCUGAAAUUGAUAUUCAGGUGCCUUUUAGGGUGAUCUGUUAGUGUUCAAUACUAAAACAAACCAUGAAUGAAUGCUGUAAAAUAUGUAACCCAUGCUUUGUAAAAUGAUUGGAGACAUUAUUAAAAUGUGAUUCAUUGCA